AUGUCUAUACUACAUCCACGCAAGAAACGACGCAUGGACUCCCAUCCAGGCCACUUUGACUUGGUUGUGGUUGGCUGUGGAGGAGGUCACGACGAGACCAAUCUCUCUGCAUACCUCCUCAAACCACGAGACAAGGCCUGGUCCGACGGCAUACUGGGUCUUGAAGCUGGCUCGGGCUACGGGGCGCUCAAACGGCUAUUCGGGACAACACACCCACACCUCUUUUCCUCGCUGUUUAAACCACACCAAUCCAAGUCCAAGCGCCCAACCAACCUCCUCGAUAAGGCCCAUACCAGCUCCGUAGAUAAAGCCCAUACAGUCUUCACUCAUCUCCGAGCAUACUUGAUAACCCAUGCCCAUCUGGACCACUGUGCCUCGCUUAUCAUCUCCUCCGGCUCAUUGCCUGGCCCUACGAGAUACAUCUUGGGAGCCCAGAGUGUCUUGGAAGACCUCGAGCGAUGUAUCUGGAAGCCAGGGAGAUGCUGGCCUCACAUAGUAGGAUGGGACCAAUCCGAGCCUUCUUCAAACACCGCAGGCGGGAUCCUCCGUUCACUCAAACUCGCUUCAUCUGACAACAAAGACGGAGGAGACAAGGACGAAGACUACUUACCCAUCAGAGCAGGCCUGGACGAUAUGUCCGUUCGUGUUGUCCCACUAUCGCACGGAUGCGCUUACACCUCGUCCGCAUUCUUCAUUCGACACAUGCGAACACGACACGAGUUUUUAUUUUUCGGAGAUGUCGAAGCUGAUCCUUUGCCUUUGGGCUCUUCCUCUGCUUCUUCAUGUACCUCUUCUUCGAAUUCGCACGCUGUGAACUCCCCGGCUCGUCCGAUGUUGCUUCCAGUAUGGUCACACACCGCGCAUCUGUUCACAUCCAACCGUCUACGAGCAUUACUCAUCGAAUGCUCCUACCCGGCCGGACGCCCAGAAUCCCGGCUGUUCGGCCAUUUAUCCGUCGAAGGCUUGAGAAAAGAGAUAAAGGUUUUGGCAGACGAGGUCGUAAAGCUCCAACCUAGCCGAAUUGGAGGAGAGAAAGUAAUCAACUCCGUUAAAGUCCGACAACCAAGCGGAACCGAUCGACCCACCCGUCGCCCACUCAAACGAAGGCCCUCUUCAGACUUGCCAUAUCCUCGCACUCGAUCUCUGGUCAAAUCUCCUGCCUCUGCUACACCUUCAUCUCCUUCUCCUUCCCCUGCUCCUGCUCCCGCCGGUCCUCUGUCGGGCUUGCGGGUGAUAGUAACCCACUGUAAAGAACCUCCUCCAGGGUUUGAUCUUCAAGGCGCACAGACUAUCGCGGAUUAUAUCGUGGAACAACUCAAGUUUGGAGUCAAGAGUCUAGGAUUGGGGCCGGACGAGACGGGUGUGGAAUAUAUUGCUGCAUGCCAGGGUGAUGAAUUUGACACUCCCAUCAAACAUGUAAUGAUCCUUGGACUCGGAAUAUGCGGGCCUCUGGCAGCUCUAGCCAUCUUACAACGGACUAUCGUUCCAACCGUAACCAUAUACGAACUCAGGCCCGAACCGACAACUAUCGGAGGAGGACUGAAUAUCUCACCGAAUGCUCAUCGACUGCUCGAAAGACUCGGAGUCUCGCCUUUGAGUUUUGCGGGAGCGACACCGACUGUGUUGUUUCAGAACCAGAAUGGCGGGAAGAUAGGUGUGUUUUGGUACGGAGGCGGAUGGGACCCGUAUGCGCGCGGGGCGAUUGGAAUGCGCGUCCUGAGGUCUGAUUUACUACAAGGUUUACUACGUACCAUGGAAAAAUACGAAAAAGAGGGAAGACUGAAAAUUGUCUACGGAAAACGUGCUGAGGAGAUCGAAGAAGACGAAAAUGGAGUGUCCAUCCGAUUUAGUGACGGGGAACUGACAAAAGGCGAUCUUCUCAUCGGAGCAGACGGCAUUCAUUCCUUCACUCGAAGACAACUGUACUCGGACAACGAUAAACUAGAGACAACCCCGCGUGCAGUAUACUCGGGAGUCACGACCAUCUAUGGUGUAGUUCCGUCUUCCAAAAUCCCUCAAUCCUUACUCGAUCCCCUCUCGCGUCACCAAAGUAUACGCACAAUCUCACCUCACGAAGGUUUAUUCGCCAUUUCAUACGCAACUGCUUCGCGUUCGCAUGUCCAUUGGUUUUCUUCACGCACGCCACGCGUGCCUCCUCCAGCGGACGAACCGGAACCUAACCAUGAGUCCGUUCGAGACUCUCUGAUUCAGAUGUACGGGAAGCACCCUGCGCCUAUACCAAACCUUAUACAAGCGACGGACCAUAUUUACUACUGGCCCGUAUUUCGACUUGCCCCGAUCCCUGAUAAAUGGUACAGCUCCAGCGGCCGAGUCGUAUUAAUCGGUGAUGCGGCACACGCCAUGCCUCCACAUGCUGCUCAAGGACUAGGAAUGGGUAUCGAAGACUCGGUCCUAGUCGCUCGAGUGGUCUCGGCACUCGAACAACGCGCACGUGAAGUGGCAAAUCUUGCCAAGAGAGGGAGGAGUGUGCGUAACAAGGUCGGACUGGGCGCCGAGCUAUGGGCUAGGGAAUAUCAGGCAAAGCGCGUGAAGAGGGUAAAUCGUUUUGUGAAACACGCCGAGAGUCAGGGGAGAGCUAGGAAGGAUUCGGGGUGGAGGAUUGGGAUCUUGCGCGAGUGGAUGCUGUGGGUCGCGUUUCCUCUCAUUAACUUUUUCGGACUACUUGCUGUAUAUGAUAUCCAGGGGUGGGGAUAUGACCCUGACGAUGAGAUUAUCAAGUUGGACGGAUUGUAG